GUCACAUCGGACUGAUGAGAGAUAGUAGCAAUUAUUCGGAUAUUUUUUUUUGGCACGCAGAUAGCAAAGAUUAUGGCAGAUUGCGUGCGUCGGUGAGCGAGACAAGUCCGUCUGAGUCCGAGUGUGCAUAUGUGCUCCAUUCGAUUAUUAUUAUUAUAUAUAUAUAUAUAAUACUUUUUUUUUCGGGGAAAAUCUAACGGGCAGAAAGUGGAAAAAAGAAGGAAUAUGUGAAUGCGCGCAUGCAGAGUGAGACAGGAGACGCGUCACCGGCUUUUUGUGAUAAUCAUGUAACGAUCGUAAAUUAAACUCGAAACAACCUGCACAGCGAGAGAAAACAAAGUGAAAUAAGAAAGAAAGAAAAUAAGGAGCGAACAAACAGUACAACUUGCGAGGGAAUUAAACUUUGUUGUUGUUGUUUUUUUUUUUUGCCGCGCGAAGAAGUUUCGCUCGCGCCGCAGCAAGGAUAUAACGAUGGAAAGGACGACGAUCGCACUUUGUUUUCUGCUGACCGUAGCCGCCUUCGCAACAGGCACGGAAGAUGAAUUUUCCAUUAAGAAAAUUCUUCUGGAGAUAUCGAGUAGUGAUUUGGACGUGGAGGAAGGUGAAUUCGGCCAAGUUCCAGGAAGUCAUGAUGUAGUCAAAUCGGUGGCCUUCGACAGUAGCGACAGCAGCGAGGAACAACACGUGAACAACAAUGAUUUUGGUGAUAAUAUACCGUGGUCCAUAACGUGGUACGUAGCAAGCUUCAGCGGCUUGAUUGUAUUCUUCGUGCUCAUCUCCUGCUCGGAGUGGUGCUGCAGGAAGAGAUCGCGUUCACCCACGAGAGCGCAGAACAUCAGGACCGCAGCUGCUUCGCUGUCUUCGAGCCAGAUGACCACGCAAACGAAUUCCUUUCAGGAGACGACGCCACCACCUGCUUACGACCUCUUCGCGCCGCCCAGUUACGAUAGUCUAGCUGCGGCGGCUGCUGCAAACAGCGGCAACAGUUCUUUGGAGAAGAGCGAAUACGAUGUCUACGUGGUUCCAGUCCAUGCCAUUUCCAACGUCUUCGAAGCGGAAGGCGCUGUUGCAACCAACGUGGACAUCGACGAUCCCCCGAGUUAUAACACACUGAGCACACCAAUCGAUACUAAUCUUGAAGAGAAUCUGAAUGCUAACAUUGCCAGGCAUUUGAACGUUUCGUAACGAUACCGCAAGACGUUGGUCUUUUAUUUUCUUCUACUGCUUGUGAUAGAAUCCACUUGUGAUAAGAAUUAAGUGCCAUAUUUAACAAUACAUCAAUCAAUUCGUUGCAAAUUCAAAUUUUAUAUAUCCACUAUAGAAACAAGAAAACAUUUAUUUAGGACAUAAACAAAUUAGUGUAUUGUAAAUAUUUGUACAAGUCAGUCAAAUAUGGUUAUUAAAUCUAUACAUACAUAUAUAAACAUAUAAGUAUAAAAA